CACCGCGGCCGAGUAUUGCUUUCUAUCGCACGAACUCAAACCGUGAUCCGAUCAGGUCAAAGUGCCGUGCAGGCGGUGCUGGAUCACUAGGUUGCACGAUACGUCACAACGGAUGCUCGGCCCCCAGUGAGGAUCUUAUAUAUGGACCAAGUCACCGCCAUCUUCCCUCAUUCACUUUCACAUCCCAAGUACACGCACAAUUUCCAAGAUGCUCUCGCACCUUAGUCUUCUCGUUUUCGCUGCUUAUCCAUUGCUGACUGCUGGCUUGCCAGCCUCGGCAACAACAACGGCCACCGUUGCACCACCCUCGAAAUGUGCAGCAUUGAUGGAUGGGAAACUGCCCACCUUCACCCCCUCGAGCUUCCACUUCUCGGGAACCGUGAGACAAUACUACAUCUCUGCAGAGGAAGUCGAAUGGGACUAUGCCCCGACGGGAUGGGACAAUUGGCUCGGGGUCCCGAUGAAAGACUCGCCCCGCGCAAAACAAGCGAACUACAUCCACUGGGGCACCAAGUGGCUCAAAGCCCUCUAUCGCGAGUAUACGGAUAGUAGCUUCAGUGCGUACGCGCCGCAGCCGCCAUGGCAAGGCGCGCAAGGACCUAGCAUUCGAUCCGAGGUCGGUGACAUGGUCGAGAUCAUGUUCUUCAACAAGCUCACAAAGAACUACGCGACGAUGCAUUCGAUGGGUCUCUCAUACACCAAAUUCUACGAAGGCUCCGACUACCCCAACAACACGGCGCCAGGCGUCAAUGUCACCCUCCCAGUGACCGAAGCCGUGAGCCCACAAGAUGGAGGCGUGGAGCCCGGGGACUGCGUGGUGUACAAGUGGUUGGUCGACGAAUCUGCCCUUCCAGACGCUGGCACGUCGGCUCAGGUUCACAGCUACCAUUCAUACGUGUCACUGCUGGAAGACGUCAACGCGGGCUUGAUUGGCCCGCACUUUGUCUACGCUCCAGGCAAGCUCAACACCACCGUUGCGAACAGCCGCGAAUUUCCCCUGCUCUACAUGACAUAUGCCGAGGGCCAAUCCUGGCUCUCGGGAGAAAAUUUGGCCAAGUUGAACGGAACCAUGCCCAUGUCCAGCAGCGACGUGCUAGACAAGGACAUGCCAGCGGGUAACACGACUGUGUGGAAGCCGCAAAACGUCAAUAUCGAGGGCGCUGGCCAGUUCAUGGGCGCGCCGACGUUCUAUGCAAUGAACGGGUAUGUCUUCGGCAACAACCCAACAUUCGAGAUGUGCUUGGACGAUCCGGUCAUCUGGUACGUCAAUGCGUAUGGGUCGGCGUCGCACGUGUUCCAUAUGCAUGGCAACAAUUUCCAGUACGAAGGCAACUACGACUACGCCGAAAGUCUCAAUGAUGGGGUUGGAAAGGCGCUGUUCAUGAACGCUAGUAAUCCCGGCAAGUGGCAAGUGAUCUGCCAUGUCUCGGAUCACCACGAUUCGGGGAUGGAGUUGUACUACCAAGUCUACCAGACAGGUUGUCCUCUAACGGCGCUCGGCGAUUGAAGAACUAAGAUCGAAAGAUCAGAAGAUCGACGACCAUCCAUUCCGGUCGAUCUGCGCCGGUGCACGCUGCUUUUAUAAUUAAUGCAAAGACCUCCUUAGCUUCACGCGAUUAUCCAAUCCUUGAC